UUUUUUUCAUUUCUCUCUCAGGUUCCAUUAACCUUCAAAAGUUUCAUAUACAUUCUCUCUGCUGCAAAACUUUUUUUCUUCCAAUACUUCUAAAGAAAAAGAAGACAGCUUUCCUCUCUUUCAUUGCUUCUUGACACAGCAUUGCAGCUUUAAAUAACUAAAUGGGAAGACAUUCUUGCUGUUACAAACAAAAGCUGAGAAAAGGCCUUUGGUCUCCUGAAGAAGACGAGAAGCUUCUCAAUCACAUCACCAUUCACGGCCAUGGCUGCUGGAGCUCUGUUCCUAAACUCGCUGGUUUGCAGAGAUGUGGAAAGAGUUGCAGACUAAGAUGGAUCAAUUACUUGAGACCUGAUUUAAAGAGAGGAGCUUUCUCUCCAGAAGAAGAGAAUCUCAUCGUCGAGCUUCAUGCAGUUCUUGGAAACAGAUGGUCACAGAUUGCUUCAAGGCUUCCGGGAAGAACAGACAACGAGAUCAAGAAUCUAUGGAACUCAAGCAUCAAGAAGAAACUGAAACAAAGAGGCAUUGACCCAAACACACACAAACCCAUCUCCGAAGUUGACAAAGACAAAACACCAACGAGCAGAAACGACAACAAGUCUCCUAGUUCUUCCUCUCCAACUAACCAAGACUUCUUCCUUGAAAAGCCAUCUGAUUUCUCUGACUACUUUGGUUUUCAGAAGCUUAACUUCAACUCCAACCUUGGACUCUCUGUUACAUCUGACUCUUCUCCUCUCUGCUCCAUGAUCCCGGCUCAGUUUAGCCCCCGAAACAUGGUUAGUUCUGUCUUUCAGACUCCGGUUUGCGUAAAGCCGCCUUCAACUAGUCUUGCUCCGGACAACAACUUGAGCACUCUCUCCGGAGGUGAUCAUGUGUUUCAGACAAACAACACCUCGAACUUCUUCGAUAACGGUGGAUUCUCAUGGUCAGUUCCAAACUCUUCUUCAUCUUCGCUAGUUAAACCUAAUCAUAACUUGGAAGAAAUGAAAUGGUCAGAGUAUAUGAACACACCGUUCUUCAAUGGGAGCACUGUGCAGAGUCAAAACUCUCAACCUAUCUACAUCAAAUCAGAGGCAGAGUACUUAGUCAAUGUUUCGAACAUGACAGAUCCUUGGGGCCAAAAUCAGAACGAAAAUUUAGUCACACCUGAAGGUAGUGACGUGUUCUCCAAGGACCUUCAGAGAAUGGCCAUUUCUUUUGGUCAGUCCCUUUAGGUUUCUUUUUUCUUUAUUCUAACAGAUGUAGAGAACAAAAACAUAUACAAUACAUGCAUACGUAUACAAAUGGGUUCAGGUGGUCUGUAUAUUCAUGGGGGUAUUUUUAUUUUAAGUGUGUUUUAUACGUUAAAUAUUCUUCUAUCUUUUGCAAACCCUAUCAGUCUUAUUCUGUAUAGUCCUAUAUUUUUUGUUUGUUGAUGUAUAUAGUGUUC